AUGAGCACCUACGCACGCCCCACGUACACGGGCAGUCCGAGCUGGCAGGCGAAUGAUUUCUUCAACGCCCAUAGCCGCAGCCUUGGUUUGAGUCGGGAGCGCUAUCCGCACUCGCGCUUCUCUGAGUUGUUUGCUGUUAUCAGAAAUAUACUCCGAAUUGGUGGCUCACACAUCGAAGAAGCCCAGCUGGCGCAUUCCAAGUACUACUACAUGGGAUGCAUAGAAGCACCGUACUCGUCGCGCGAGCUAGCCGCUGCAGCAGGCUACCAGGCAUUCCUAGUAUGGGAGAACCACCACCUCGUCCUGAUGCCCUCUUUCGUCCCCGGCCUCAAGCAAGUCCUCGAAUGGAUCGCUGGGAUCGCCAUCGCUGAGAGCUGCAAACUCUGCGAGGAGCUCGCCUUCACUAACGAAAAGGAAAUACGCGAGGCUUGCGAAUGGGCUGCUAAAACUGCUCAAAUCGCUUACGAGGAGACUCACUCGCGCAUUGGUCGCAUCAGACGUCAUAGCGUUGGUAAUCAGCGUCAACAUCAGGAAUUUUAUAAUAGCAGAUAUCUCCCAGGUCAGCCUGAUACCGUGUACGGCGGAUACCAAGGUUAUCCCGCUGGUUACGGCAGUUACCCAGAAGAAUUUGGUCCGGCGUACAUGGGCGAUUACUACGGUGGUUAUGGCAUGCCAAUGCCCCAGCAUUACGGUGGUAUGAGUGGUAUGGGUGGUGGUAUGGCUGGUGGAAUGCCUGGAAUGGGCAGUAUGGGCAACAUGGGUAUGGGUACAGGCACAGGAAUGAAUGGUAUGAUGCCCAAUAUGGGCAUGAACGGUAUGAGCAAUAUGAAUGGCAUGAACGGCAUGAACGGCAUGGGAAUCCCUCAAUCCUCGUCCAUGUACAUGCCCUACAAUCACUACCCGUACUGA